GUCUUCUCCCUCAGGUCUGUCCAUGGCGUUCGUGCCCGGCCCGUUGCUGUCUCCUCCUGGUGUCUCCCUGCAGGUGGCGCCUCCUGCUGGUCACUCGGUGCUGCUGGUGUCCAACCUUAACCCAGAGAGCGCCUCUCCUCGCUGCCUCUUCAUCCUGUUUGGUGUUUAUGGAGACGUUCAGAGAGUUAAAAUCCUCUUCAACAAGAAGGAAAACGCUCUGGUUCAGAUGAGCGACGCCACUCAGGCUCAACUCGCGAUGAGUCAUCUAAACGGGCAUCGUCUCCACGGCAACGUGAUCCGGGUGAUGCCGUCCAAACACCAAGCGGUGCAGCUGCCCCGCGGGGGGGCGGGGCCAGAGGAGCAGCCGCUGACCUGGGACUACUCAGGCUCCGCCCUCCACCGCUUCAAAAAGCCCGGAUCCAAAAACUUUAACAACAUCUUCCCUCCGUCGGCGACGCUUCACCUCUCCAACAUCCCGUCUUCGGUCAGUGAGGAGCUGCUGAAGGACUUGUUUUCCUCUGCUGGGGUCACAGUUAAAGCCUUCAAGUUCUUCCAGAAGGACAGGAAGAUGGCUCUCAUGCAGCUGGCGUCUGUGGAGGAGGCCAUCGAGGCUCUGAUCGCUCUGCAUGACCACCAGCUGGACCACAACCAGCACCUCCGGGUCUCCUUCUCCAAGUCCACCAUCUGACCUUUAACCUCCAGGUCUCCUUCUCCAAGUCCACCAUCUGACCUUCAACCUCCGGGUCUCCUUCUCCAAGUCCACCAUCUGACCUUUAACCUCCGGGUCUCCUUCUCCAAGUCCACCAUCUGACCUUCAACCUCCGGGUCUCCUUCUCCAAGUCCACCAUCUGACCUUUAACCUCCGGGUCUCCUUCUCCAAGUCCACCAUCUGACCUUCAACCUCUGGGGCCCUUCUCCAAGUCCACCAUCUGACCUUUAACCUCCGGGUCUCCUUCUCCAAGUCCACCACCUGACCUUUAACCCCAGGUUCUCCUGCUGUUGACAGACUCCGCCCCCUUCUUGUGAUCAUUUGAGCGGGGCUUCUGAUUGGCCCAGGUGGGGAACAGAUGGACUAAUGGGAUCUCCGACUGGACCGUUCUGUGCCUACAAACACUCUGACAUCACAGUAACAAGUGAAGCGGUUACCAAGGUUACACAGCACAUUCCUGAGCAGACUGAGCGGCCAGUAGCGAGGCAUUGUGGGUAAGAGAGUCCAACGAGCCAAUAAGGUUUGAACGUUUUUCUGUCUGAAUGUUAAAAAGAAAAAGUUGAUUUCCUUUUUUUAUUGUUUUGAUUUGAAUAGUUUGAAGUGUCAGUUCCGGGUCCUCACUGCGUCUCAUUCAGUCCUCUAAGUCUUCUGUGCCUUAUUUUCACUCUAUGAAUUAUUCUGCUGUCUUAAGUCCAUCCGCUGGUUGUUUGUGCUGAUUUAAGUUUCUUAGUUAUUUGGAAUCAUUUUGUGUUUUAAAACGUGAGCCGGUGAUGUUUUCAAUGCUCGCUGUCGUACCUGUGUGUGUGUAUUUAUACAUCUGUAUGUGUGUCUGUGUACAUCUAUACACGUAUAUAGAUGUAUACAUACUUGUGUGUGAGUGUGUAACAAGCUGAGCUGUGAUUGGUUGAUUUUCAAGUUUCCCUUUUUUCUAUUAAAAACAUUUCAUUCGAUUCCAGCUCUUGUUUUUUAAAUCUCCCGUUAAUUACAAUUUUAUUCCGGAAACAGGAAAUAAGCCACAAAAAACCAGAAAGCUGCUGUGUUCCAGUCACCCUUCUGACUCUUAAACAAUAAUAAUACUCUGCUUGUUUGUUUAGCUAUGAAAUGACAACAAAUGCAAUAUUAUGUUUUAAGUUAUUUUUAAAUUCAAGUCUUAAGGGUUUUGUUUGGUACUUGUUUUUUAUUUGUUACAGCAAAAUAUUAAAUAUGAUUUAAUUGAAUAGAAUAGUUUUUAACAGCCGACAAAAGUCACGUUUAAGAAAGUUUUUUUAAACUUAAUGUGAUAAUUAGGAAACCUAAUUAGUAAAAAUGGGGGACGGGGGUCAAACCACGUGCCUUAAUUGGACCAACUAAUUCUCUCAUUAUGACAUCACUUCCUGUUUAAAUGGCUUCCAAACUGUUUAUCUUUACAUUCUUCAGUGUAUUGAAGUUUCUACCUGUUUUUAAGUCUGAACCUGAAAAGGUUUCUUGUUUUACAGGAAGUGAAUGUAUUUUCCUCAUGACGUCACAUCCUGUUUCAGGACGUAGGACUUUUAUAAAGAGUAGCUCCGCCCACUCAGUCCAUCACAACAGCGACCAAUCAGAGCCAAAGGAAACCGGCUGCAGGUUCUGACUGACAUUGUAGUACCAAGUGCGUUCUGUGAGUACACUUUGAAGUACUAUAAGAGGUUGAACAUGUAUCAGUAUACCAGAUACAAUACCUGCACUUACUACCGUGAACAUGAAGUAUUACUUGUUAUGUAAUACGUGUAACCACACAACUUGUAAGAUGCUCUUUGAGUUGUAUUUAAAUAUAAAAUAGAAGAAUAUUUAAUACAAUACUUGUUACAGUUGACAAGUAUAUUUAUUUUAUUUGGACAUAAUUCAUGUAUUGCAAUGUUGAGUAUUUAACAUGUUACAUUUUAAUACUACAGUACAGGUUCUAUAUAUUUACGCUGUGUACUUUGAUGAGUAAUACGUGUAACAAGUAUUGUUACGUGUAACAUUAAGACAUGAAAACAUAAAGCUGUUUACCAAUAAAGAAAAACAAACUGUCGUUUAAAACCUUUCAGAAUAUCUGACCAGAGGAUUUUAGUGAUUAUUUUGUUUUGCUAUGCUAAUGUUAAGUGGUACUGAUGCAUUGUGGGAGCCGAUGGCACUGGGCUUUCUGUGCUGUGUUUAUUGUAUUGAUUAGAUUAGAUAUGAUUGAUCAGAUAUUGAAGUCAUCCUUGAUGAAUUCAGCUUUGACUUGGUUGCACGAAAGCAGGUUGAAUUAAACCCGGACAGGAAGCCGUGGUGGUUUAUUUAGUCUGUUUGCCACUGAGCUUGUUUUCUAAGCCAGGCUGUUAAUAAAAGCACUAUUUGUCGUACUGUCA